UUAAAAUGCAGAAGUCUGAUCUCCAGCGUCAUCAUCAUCAUUCAGUAUAACACUAUUCGGUAUAACAUCAAUUUUCUUUAUUAUUCGAACGAGACUAAUACUAUGGUAUGCGUCUGGUAUAUGGACAGCAGCGAUGCUGAUCAAAGAUUGGAACACCAUAAGCAACCGCCGGAAUAUGUUUCGCUGGAUAACCUGUUUGCCGCAACAGGCGUGGAAUAUUUUGAGAUAAAUCAUCUAAAUUAUGAGGCAGAUGUUACUUUAAAAGAAUUACGCAAGAAACGCAGUUACACAUAUGAAGAUGAGUUAACAUGUUCCAAAGAAUGUUUAGAAAAUUACGAAGAGAAGUUAAAACAUUUCUUUACCGAACAUCUUCAUACUGACGAGGAAAUACGUCUGGUUCUGGAUGGGUCAGGCUAUUUUGAUGUACGGGACAAGAAUGAUCAAUGGAUACGGAUUAAUGUAACGGCUGGUGAUUUAUUAAUCAUACCCAGUGGGAUUUAUCAUCGUUUCACACUGGACAUUAACAAUUAUAUAAAAGCAAAGAGAUAUUUCGUGGGAGAGCCAGUUUGGUUGCCAUAUAAUAGACCAGCCGAGAACAUGGAAUGUCGCAAGCAGUACCUAAAUAAAUUACAAAAAGGUUUUGAAGUACCUUUACCUCGAUAAUCUCAUAGUUACUACUAUACAUGAGUUCUACGAGAAAGUAUAUUUUUUAUAUCAGUCUAUUCUGUUGAACUAUUACAUGCGAAGUUACCAACUUAUAUUAUCAUAUUUGAAUAUUUUAUAUAUACAUACAUACGUACAUUAUAUAUAUACAGGGUGAUCCGAAAUUCGCUCAUUCGGAGUAUAGGAAUGAUACUUUAUACUAAAACAAACAACUUUUUCCUUUAGCAAAAUUGCGUCCAAUAAAUAGUUUUUACAAGAAAGCUUGUUGAAGUUAACGAAUAAGCGCUCAGGGUCGGCGCGCACGCCUCACUUGCAUGUACCUAGUCCGUGACUAGUAUUCAUAAAUGAUGUCUUCUAAGACGCUCA